CGCCGCUCGGCGAGGGCGGGAAGGCGUGCGGGCGGUACUUCAGCUGGGGUUGGCGCAGAAGGGAGAGGGCGGGGAAAAGGUGGUGAAUUGAGGGGAAAGCGGGAGGGGCGGGAAAGGGGCGGCCGGAACAUGGCGGACCAGAUUCCGCUCUAUCCGGUGCGCAACGUCGCGGCGGCCGCAGCCAACCGCAAACGAGCGGCCUACUACAGCGCUGCGGGACCCGGGCCAGGAGCCGACUGGCACAGCAGGUACCAACUGGAGGAUGAGUCUGCACAUUUGGAUGAAAUGCCACUAAUGAUGUCUGAAGAAGGCUUUGAGAAUGAGGAAAGUGAUUACCACACCUUACCACGAGCCAGGAUAAUGCAAAGGAAAAGAGGACUGGAAUGGUUUGUCUGUGAUGGCUGGAAGUUCCUCUGUACCAGUUGCUGUGAUUGGCUGAUAAAUAUUUGUCAAAGAAAGAAAGAACUGAAAGCUCGCACAGUAUGGCUUGGAUGUCCCGAAAAGUGUGAAGAAAAACAUCCCAAGAAUUCUAUAAAAAAUCAAAAAUACAAUGUGUUUACCUUUAUACCUGGGGUUUUAUAUGAACAAUUCAAGUUUUUCUUGAAUCUCUAUUUUCUGAUAAUAUCCUGCUCACAGUUUGUACCAGCAUUGAAAAUAGGCUAUCUCUACACCUACUGGGCUCCUCUGGGAUUUGUCUUGGCUGUUACUAUGAUGCGGGAAGCAAUUGACGAAUUUCGGCGUUUUCAACGUGACAAGGAAGUGAAUUCCCAGCUAUAUAGCAAGCUUACAGUAAGAGGUAAAGUGCAAGUUAAGAGUUCAGACAUACAAGUUGGAGACCUCAUUAUAGUGGAAAAGGUCGAUGAAUUUUUAAUAUAUUUUAGACCUAUAUUUACUAGUUAUACACUGGCAGCCAGGUGCUUGUUGGUGCAGCAUGGUUCGUGUUUUAUUCGAACUGAUCAACUAGAUGGUGAAACUGACUGGAAGCUGAAGGUGGCGGUGAGCUGCACACAACGGCUGCCGGCUCUUGGGGACCUUUUUUCUAUCAGUGCUUACGUUUAUGCGCAGAAACCACAACUGGAUAUUCACAGUUUUGAAGGCACAUUUACCAGGGAAGACAGCGACCCGCCCAUUCAUGAAAGUCUCAGCAUAGAAAAUACAUUGUGGGCAAGCACAAUUGUCGCAUCAGGUACUGUAAUAGGUGUUGUCAUUUAUACUGGAAAAGAGACUCGAAGUGUAAUGAACACAUCCAAUCCAAAAAAUAAGGUUGGUUUAUUGGACCUUGAACUCAACCGGCUGACAAAAGCACUAUUUUUGGCUUUAGUUGCUCUUUCCGUCGUUAUGGUAACCUUGCAAGGAUUUGUGGGUCCGUGGUACCGCAACCUUUUUCGGUUCCUUCUCCUCUUUUCUUACAUCAUUCCCAUAAGUUUGCGUGUGAACUUGGACAUGGGCAAAGCGGUGUACGGAUGGAUGAUGAUGAGAGACGAGAACAUCCCUGGCACAGUCGUUCGGACCAGCACUAUCCCGGAGGAACUUGGGCGCCUGGUGUAUUUACUGACAGACAAAACAGGAACCCUCACCCAGAAUGAGAUGGUAUUUAAGCGGCUCCACCUGGGCACUGUGUCCUAUGGAGCGGACACAAUGGACGAGAUCCAGAGCCACGUCAGGGACUCCUAUGCACAGAUGCAUUCUCAAGCUGGUGGAAACAAUGCUGGUUCAACUCCACCAAGAAAAGCCCAAUCUUCAGCUCCCAAAGUGAGGAAAAGUGUCAGUAGUCGAAUCCAUGAAGCCGUGAAAGCCAUAGUGCUGUGCCACAACGUGACCCCCGUGUAUGAGUCUCGAGCUGGCGUUUCUGGGGAGACUGAAUUCGCAGAGGCUGACCAAGACUUCAGUGAUGAGAACCGUACCUACCAGGCUUCCAGCCCCGAUGAGGUCGCUCUGGUGCAGUGGACGGAGAGUGUGGGCCUCACAUUGGUCAGCAGGGACCUCACCUCCAUGCAGCUGAAGACCCCCGGUGGCCAGGUCCUCAGCUUCUGCAUCCUGCAGCUGUUCCCCUUCACCUCCGAGAGCAAGCGGAUGGGCAUCAUCGUCAGGGAUGAAUCCACGGCAGAAAUCACGUUUUACAUGAAGGGUGCUGAUGUGGCCAUGUCCACCAUCGUGCAGUACAAUGACUGGCUGGAAGAGGAGUGCGGAAACAUGGCGCGCGAAGGACUGCGGACCCUCGUGGUUGCAAAGAAGUCGCUGACGGAAGAGCAGUACCAGGACUUUGAGAGCCGAUACACUCAAGCCAAACUGAGCAUGCAUGACAGGACCCUCAAGGUGGCCGCGGUAAUCGAGAGCCUGGAGAGGGAGAUGGAGCUGCUGUGCCUCACGGGCGUGGAGGACCAGCUGCAGGCGGACGUGCGGCCCACGCUGGAGAUGCUGCGCAAUGCCGGGAUCAAGGUAUGGAUGCUAACAGGCGACAAGCUGGAGACAGCCACUUGCGUGGCCCAAAGCUCACGCCUGGUGCCUCGGACACAGGACACUCACAUCUUCAGACGGGUAACCAGUCGGGGAGAGGCACAUUUGGAGCUGAAUGCAUUUAGAAGGAAGCAUGAUUGUGCCUUGGUUAUAUCUGGGGACUCUCUGGAGGUUUGUCUAAAGUACUACGAGCACGAGUUUAUGGAGCUGGCCUGCCAGUGCCCCGCCGUGGUGUGCUGCCGCUGCUCGCCCACCCAGAAGGCCUGCAUCGUGACACUGUUACAGCAGCACACGGGGAGACGCACCUGCGCCAUCGGUGAUGGUGGAAAUGAUGUAAGCAUGAUUCAGGCGGCGGACUGUGGGAUUGGGAUUGAGGGAAAGGAGGGGAGGCAGGCCUCACUGGCGGCCGACUUCUCCAUCACGCAGUUCCGGCACGUCGGCAGGCUGCUCAUGGUGCAUGGGCGGAACAGCUACAAGAGGUCGGCGGCACUUGGCCAGUUCGUCAUGCACAGGGGCCUCAUCAUCUCCACCAUGCAGGCUGUGUUUUCCUCGGUCUUCUACUUCGCCUCCGUCCCUUUGUACCAGGGCUUCCUCAUGGUGGGGUAUGCGACUGUAUACACCAUGUUCCCCGUGUUCUCCUUAGUGCUGGACCAGGACGUGAAGCCGGAGAUGGCAAUGCUCUACCCGGAGCUGUACAAGGACCUCACCAAGGGACGAUCCUUGUCCUUCAAGACCUUCCUCAUCUGGGUGCUAAUCAGUAUUUACCAAGGUGGCAUCCUCAUGUACGGGGCCCUGGUGCUCUUCGAGUCCGAGUUCGUCCACGUGGUGGCCAUCUCCUUCACCGCGCUGGUGCUGACCGAACUGCUGAUGGUGGCGCUGACCAUCCGCACAUGGCACUGGCUGAUGGUGGUGGCCGAGUUCCUCAGCCUGGGCUGCUACGUGUCCUCACUCGCCUUUCUCAAUGAAUAUUUUGGUAUAGGCAGAGUAUCUUUCGGAGCUUUCUUAGAUUUUACCUUUAUCACCACCGUGACCUUCCUGUGGAAAGUGUCGGCCAUCACCGUAGUCAGCUGCCUCCCGCUCUAUGUCCUCAAGUACCUGAGGCGCAAGCUCUCUCCUCCCAGCUACUGCAAGUUGACCUCGUAAGGGGCUGCGCACCCCCAGCAGGCUGCCCCGGCACCGCUGCCCUUUCCAGUGAUCACAGGGUUUGCCAUUGCUACCAAGCGAGUGCCACAAGAAAGGGCAUGCUGAGCAAGGCCAGCCCACGGGUGCUGGGACGGCCUCUCCCGCCUCUCAGUGUGGGACGUCACCCCUGCCAGGCGAGCCCAGGGCACAGAUGCAGGGACGGCCUCUCCCGCCUCUCAGUGUGGGGCGUCACCCCUGCCAGGCGAGCCCAGGG